AUGGAUUCAGGUGGUGGAAGUCUUGGAUUGCACACAACAGACUCUAGAAUGGCCCAUACCAUGAUUAUGCAGGAUUUUGUGGCUGGAAUGGCUGGUACUGCACAUAUCGAUGGAGACCAUAUUGUUGUUUCAGUUCCUGAAGCUGUAUUAGUUUCUGAUGUUGUCACAGAUGAUGGGAUAACUCUUGAUCAUGGCCUUGCAGCUGAAGUUGUCCAUGGGCCUGAUAUCAUCACAGAGACUGAUGUAGUAACAGAAGGUGUGAUUGUUCCUGAAGCCGUACUUGAAGCUGAUGUUGCCAUUGAAGACGAUUUAGAGGAAGACGAUGGUAAUCACAUCUUGACUUCCGAACUAAUUACAGAAACCGUUAGGGUACCUGAGCAGGUUUUUGUGGCUGACCUUGUUACUGGUCCUGAUGGACACUUAGAACAUGUGGUCCAAGACUGUGUUUCAGGAGUUGACUCUCCCACAAUGGUAUCAGAGGAGGUUCUUGUAACUAAUUCAGACACAGAAACUGUGAUUCAAGCAGCUGGUGGUGUUCCUGGUUCUACAGUUACUAUAAAAACCGAAGAUGAUGAUGAUGAUGAUGAUGAUGUCAAGAGCACUUCUGAAGACUACUUAAUGAUAUCUUUGGAUGAUGUUGGAGAGAAAUUAGAGCAUAUGGGGAAUACACCAUUAAAAAUCGGCAGUGAUGGUUCACAAGAAGAUGUUAAAGAAGAUGGGUUUGGUUCAGAAGUAAUAAAAGUGUAUAUAUUUAAAGCAGAGGCUGAAGAUGAUGUUGAAAUAGGUGGAACGGAAAUUGUCACAGAGAGUGAAUAUACCAGUGGACAUUCCGUAGCUGGAGUACUUGACCAGAGCCGAAUGCAGCGGGAGAAGAUGGUUUACAUGGCAGUUAAAGAUUCUUCUCAAGAAGAAGAUGAUAUCAGUUGCGCUGAAAUAGCAGAUGAAGUUUACAUGGAAGUCAUUGUAGGGGAAGAGGAAGGAACUUCUCUCCCUGAGAUUCAGCUUGAGGACUCUGAUGUUAAUAAAACAGUUGUCCCUGUUGUCUGGGCUGCGGCAUAUGGAGAUGAAAGAAGAGUUUCCCGAAGGUAUGAAGAUUGUCACGCAUCAGGAAAUACUUUGGAUUCAACAUUAGAAAACAGAAGUAGUACAGCAGCACAGUACCUUCAAAUUUGUGAUAGCAUUAAUGCGAAUAAAGUACUUAAACAAAAAGCCAAGAAGAGGAGAAGGGGAGAAACCAGGCAGUGGCAAACAGCUGUUAUAAUAGGUCCUGACGGACAGCCCCUGACAGUAUACCCUUGCCAUAUUUGCACAAAAAAGUUUAAAUCCAGGGGAUUCUUAAAAAGACACAUGAAGAAUCAUCCUGAUCAUUUGAUGAGAAAAAAAUAUCAGUGUACAGAUUGUGACUUUACAACUAACAAGAAAGUGAGUUUCCAUAACCACUUAGAAAGCCAUAAGCUUAUAAACAAAGUUGACAAAACCCAUGAAUUUACAGAAUACACACGAAGAUACAGAGAGGCUAGCCCACUGAGUUCAAAUAAACUUAUUUUAAGAGACAAGGAGCCGAAGAUGCACAAGUGUAAAUACUGUGACUAUGAAACUGCAGAACAAGGACUGUUGAACAGACAUUUACUGGCUGUUCACAGCAAGAAUUUUCCUCAUGUUUGUGUUGAGUGCGGGAAGGGUUUUCGACAUCCUUCUGAACUCAAGAAACAUAUGAGAACCCAUACUGGUGAGAAGCCAUAUCAGUGUCAGUACUGUGUCUUCAGGUGUGCAGAUCAGUCAAAUUUGAAAACUCACAUUAAAUCUAAGCAUGGUAACAAUUUGCCAUAUAAAUGUGAGCAUUGUCCCCAAGCAUUUGGUGAUGAGAGAGAGCUUCAACGCCAUCUGGAUUUGUUUCAAGGACAUAAGACACACCAGUGUCCUCAUUGUGACCAUAAGAGCACCAACUCAAGUGACCUUAAGAGGCACAUCAUAUCAGUUCAUACUAAGGAUUUUCCUCACAAAUGUGAGGUCUGUGAUAAAGGUUUCCAUCGUCCUUCUGAGCUCAAAAAGCAUAGUGAUAUCCAUAAGGGUAGGAAGAUUCAUCAGUGUAGGCACUGUGACUUUAAAACAUCAGAUCCAUUUAUUCUUAGUGGUCAUAUCCUUUCAGUUCAUACUAAGGAUCAGUCAUUGAAGUGUAAAAGGUGCAAGAGAGGGUUCAGACAACAAAAUGAGCUCAAAAAGCAUAUGAAGACCCAUACUGGAAGGAAGAUUUACCAAUGUGAGUAUUGUGAAUACAGCACUACAGAUGCAUCUGGCUUUAAACGACAUGUGAUAUCAAUACAUACAAAAGACUAUCCACACAGAUGUGAAUUCUGCAAGAAGGGAUUCCGAAGACCAUCAGAAAAAAAUCAGCAUAUUAUGAGGCACCACAAGGAGGCUCUUAUGUAA